CAGCACACGCGUCACGUGAAAUACGGGAUAUUCAAACGAGUACGAGUGAGCAUGUGAAUAUUAUGCAACCCGUGAAUUGUGUGCACUAUUAUCUUACGUUUGUGGGUUUGGAACAAGAUGUGGUGACUGGAAGCCGCGGGGAAAGUGGAGGAGCGACCCGGUGUCAAAGUGCUUCUGGUUCCGUCGAUGACAGGAGAACACCGCCCCUCCUGCAGCUUAGCUAGCCGAGCUCAGUUUCUUUCUGCUGGACAGCUAGAGAAAAGGUUUCCCUCAGACAGCGAUGGCGUCAUUUGGAGCACCGCAACACAAGGCCGCAGACUGCGUCACCAAGGUGGCGCUCAGCAUCGCCUGCGAUAAUCUGCUGGACAUGGACACCUUCUCCAAGUCCGACCCCAUGUGCGUGCUCCACUUGAACUCAUCGGGUCCUCACUGGUACGAGAUUGGGCGAACGGAGAAAAUCCAGAACUGCCUGAAUCCUAAGUUUUCCAAGAGCAUCGUCCUCGACUACUACUUCGAGGCGGUGCAGAAACUCAGGUUUGAAGUGUACGACAUCGACAGCGAAAACUGCACUCCAGAAGAAGCAGACUUCCUGGGACAGUUUGAGUGCACCUUGGGGCAGAUUGUGUCCUCGAAAAAACUAACAAAACCUCUUGUGAAGAGAGACAAGACACCAGCAGGGAAAGGAACGAUAACCAUUUGUGCGGAGGAGAGAAACGACAACAGGGUGGUGGCGUUGGAAGUUGCUGCCAGGUCAUUGGACAAAAAGGACUUUUUUGGCAAGUCCGACCCUUUCCUGGAGUUUUACAAGCAGACAGAAACUGGAUGGCAGCUGGCCCACAGGACCGAGGUGGUGAAAUACAACCUAAACCCCAUAUGGAAGCCAUUCAAAAUCCCGAUGCAGUCCCUCUGCGACGGUGACGUGGAAAAAUCUAUAAAGAUUGACUGCUACGACUACAACAACAGCGGCUCGCAUGAUUUCAUCGGCUCCUUCCUCACGACACUCUGUCAGAUACAGCAGGCAUGUCAGUCAUUCGCUGCUGAGUUUGAAUGCAUCAACAGCAAGAAGAAGCAGAAGAAGAAAGGAUACAAAAACUCGGGAAUUAUCCUCAUAAAACAAUGCAAGAUAGUGAAGGAGUACACGUUUCUGGAUUACAUAAUGGGCGGCUGUCAGAUUAACUUCACGAUUGCUAUCGAUUUCACGGGCUCCAAUGGGAAUCCCAGUUUACCCACAUCUUUACACUACAUCAACCCUCAAGGCUACAACGAGUAUCUGGCAGCGAUCUGGGCAGUCGGUAACGUCAUCCAGGACUAUGACAGUGACAAGAUGUUCCCUGCCUUUGGUUUUGGUGCUCAGCUUCCUCCAACAUGGCAGGUCAGCCAUGAGUUCCCCAUCAACUUCAACCCCUCAAAUCCAUUCUGUGCAGGCAUAGAGGGAGUGAUCGUUGCCUAUCAGCAGUGUCUGCCUCAGGUGAAGCUCUACGGUCCAACAAACUUCUCUCCAAUCAUCAAUCACGUGGCCCAUUUUGGCAGAGAGGCCUUACAGCAGCAAACUGCCUCUCAAUACUUCGUCCUGCUGAUCAUCACCGACGGAGUCAUCACCGACAUGGAUCAGACGCGCAACGCCAUCGUCAACGCUUCGCGGCUGCCCAUGUCCAUCAUCAUCAUCGGCGUGGGAGCGGCGGACUUCAGCGCCAUGGAGUUCCUGGAUGGAGAUGACGGAGUCCUGCGCUCGGCCACGGGCGAGGCCGCCAUGAGGGACAUCGUGCAGUUUGUGCCGUUCAGGCAGUUCCAAAACGGUCCUCAGGAAGCUCUUGCUCAGUCCGUCCUGGCAGAAGUGCCGGGCCAGGUGGCGGGCUUCUUCAAAACCAUGAAACUGAGCCCGCCUCACAGCAACGAUCCUCCCUCUGACCUCCUGGCAUCGGCGCCCCCUGGUGAUGCAUGCUGAGAACCAAACUUCCUCCUAAAAAAUGUCCCCUUCAACUCUGAAGCCUUUAUAAGGCGCGUCAGUGAUUUGAACCUAACCUAACAUGGCUUAUGCCGAGGGAUGGACAUGUUACGGUAUGUUAACACUUUGCCGCAGUUUUAUAUAAUACUCACAUAUACCAGGUUUAGCCUCGUUAAACGAGACAUUUUAUGGCAUUACGCAUAUUUGCUGACACAGUCUUACAGUACUCCUGCACUGUCCUUUAACCUCAUUUACAGCCCUGUUCUGCCUGUGUCACAGUAUAGAGGUGCAUCACUGCAUAUCUUUCUUCCGCCGUGUCUCCUUUGCCAUGGUUAGAGUCUGUUAAAUCAAAUUAGCCCUUCAGAAACUAUUAAAGACUGUAUGAGGAAGCAAACAGUAUCUCAUCUCACCUCAGAGUAGCACACACAGUAAACUGAAGGUGGCGUUACUACAGAGAAACCAGCACAGAAAUACUUAGACUUUAUUUUCUCAUAAGAUGUGUUAAAUUAUUUUAGUUUAACUAAAGAAAAAACACCAAAUAAAGUGAGUAAAAAAUGCUUGUUUAUACUUUGGUUAAUGACUACAACAUUAGGUUUGUAACCCUAUAAAUAAAGUGUUUAUUUGUUGUUUCUCUCUCUCUCUCUAAAACAUCUAUUUAAUUUUCCAACCUAAAGAACAACAUAAAGCAGACCACUGCAAAACAAUAAAAAUCAGUCGUGGUUUUCGAUCUGAGUCAUAUGGCUCACCACACAGGGUUCCAUGACCUACAUCUAAAAAGGGCUACCAGUUUUAGAUGAUUCGGUUGAUAGAUGAAAUGUUUUGAAUAAAUUCAUAUUUCUUUCAAGAAUGAGGCAGCUAAUAGCAGCCAUCUCCUCAGUCUGUCAGUUCUGAAGUCCGAUGAUAUAAACUUGGUUUUCUCCUUGAUCCCCAUUUUACUGCAGUUUCUUCCUUGUGGGUCUUUAUAUGUUAUGCUGGUCCCAAAAAUGUAAAUAGGUUUUAGGAUUCAAAGCGAAAGUUUGUCAAAUGUUUACAGAAUGGAUCAGCUUUAUGUCACUAUUAAUAAUGAUUUAUACUGAAUCAAAUUUAUGCUUAAUUUGACUGAUCACUUGGUGCUUCUUCGCAAGUGGACUGGUUCUUUAUUAGCAUAAUCAGGGAGGCCUAAUAGAGGAAAUGUUUUAUAUACUAAACAUAUGCACAUAAUAGAAGACGUUCACUUUGUCUUAAGUGUCCAACCAUCCCUGUAUGUACAUUUUAUUUAGUAUAUGUAAAAAUUCAUUUUUGACUCAUGUGUUGCCUUGCCAUAUGUCUUUGUUAUAUGUGUUGAUUCUGCCUGUAUUUCUUUUGUUCUGUUUUUAUGCAAAAUUAAGUCUAUAAAAUCAAGAUGAUCAAAUAAUUACUGACUUAUUAUGAUGUUUAACCAAAUAUUUAACAAUUGGUAUAUAAGAAAGGCUUACAGUGAUUCAGAUACAUAAUGGCAUUUAUGUAGAAAGUUUAGAUGUUCUAUAUUAACAUCCAUAGUCAAUUUCUUGAUGGCCUUACAAUUCAUACCUCAAGAAAACAAUAAAACACUCCUAUA